AUGCACAGACUCCAGGGCCUGAGGAGGGCCGGGGAGGCGGCGCUGAGCACGAUGCGGCUGCCCACCUCCAAGCAGGAGGAGUUCCGCUUCACCGACGCCCUGCCCCCCGGUGUCUUCGUCGGCGCCUCCCACGACGCCCCCGCCGACGUCCUGGCCUUCAGCCUGGGCAUGCAGAGCGGACAGCGCGGCGGCGCCUUUGCCGCCCUGAAUGCGGCAAGCGCCGCCGGCGUGCUGGUGGUGCACGUGCCCGCCGGGGUCACGCUGGCCGCGCCCGUCCACGUCGUGCACCUGUCCUCGCCCGGGGGGGGCGUGGGGGACCGCGACCCCGGCGCCGUGCCCAUGUCCUCCCCCCGCACCCUGGUGGUGCUGGAGGAGGGCGCGGCGGCCGGCCUGGUGGAGCUGGAUGACCGCGCGGCGCUGAGUCACGCCUAUGUGGCGACGGACGUGGCGGGUGCCAGCCACACCAAGGCCACCUUUGUACACCAGGGCGCUGAGAGCUCCUACAGCCUGACGGAGGCGCGCCUGGGCGGCGCGCUGACGCGGCAUGACCUCAGCAUCGUGCAGCUGGGCGCAGCCACGCAGACGCGGCUGGCCAGCUUCCUGCUGGCUUCCCAGGCCCAGCUGCACGACCUGCACUCCAAGCUCACGCUGGACCACCCCGCCGGACAGGCCGACCAGCUGCACAAGUGCAUCGUCGCCGACGGGCGCUCCCGGGGCGUCUUCGACGGCAAUGUGCGCGUAAACCGCGGCGCGCAGCAAACCGACGCGGCCCAGAUCAGCCGCAACCUGCUGCUGGCGCCGCGGGCCACGGUGAACGUGAAGCCCAACCUGCAGAUCGUGGCCGACGACGUCAAGUGCACCCACGGCGCCGCCAUCUCUGACCUGGAGGAGGACCAGCUGUUUUACCUGAGCUCGCGUGGCAUCGACGCCACGGCCGCCCGGCGAAUCCUCGUGGACUCCUUUGGGCGCGAGGUCGUGCAGCGGCUGGGGGACGCUGCGUUGCAAGGGCGCAUCGACGCCGCCGUCAAGAAGGCGCUGCAAGGCGUGCAGGCAGUUUGA